GGAGAAGGAGUGAGUAUACGGUCAAUCCAUAACUAAAAUCAUUAACUUUCAUGUUUGAUUUUCAUCUGAAUUUGAAGUUAUCGAUUCCAAAUGGAUCUAUUACGUAGUAUCUUUAUUUAUCGAUUCACAAACUUGUUGUUUUGACGCAUUAACUAAUCAACUCACCUUACUUUAAAAGGCAUUUUCAAUCUGAAGGGUUACAACUUGAGAAAAAAACUCAUGAACCAAUAAUUGUUAACCAAGUCUGAACAUUUGAAGGCUGCGUACCUUUCCUACUGAAGCUUUCAACUUGAAUUUUGGAACUCAACGGAAUCAUCGCUUCAAUUCAGACCAGAAGUCGAACAUGGCGCGCUCGGAGGACCAAAGAGCUCUGCACGACAAUGAAGAAAGGGCGAGUGGGAAUGGCGGGGGCAGUCAAGUGACAGGCACUCUUUUGUUCUCCAUCUUCUCCGCUGUGUCCUGCACUGGACUGUCAUUCGGAUUCAACACUGGAGUUCUCAACAACCCAUCAGAACACAUCAAAGACUUCUUCAACCGAGCCAAAACAGAGAGAAGCGGUGAGCCUUUUUCUGACACUGGGCUCACCUGGUUUUGGUCUUCAUGUGUAGCAAUCUGGACCCUUUUUGCCAUCGUCGGUUGCUUCGUGGGUGGGGCCAUGACCUCAAAAUUCGGACGGAAGAGGACUAUGUUGCUUAAUAAUGUGUUCAUGGUCAUAGGAACUUUGUUCCAGUCCUGCUCAAAAUAUGCGAACUCGUAUGAAAUGUUCUUCAUUGGCCGACUUGUCAUGGGAAUUCAAAGUGGCAUCUGCACUUCUGCUGGUCCUAUGUAUUUAUCGGAAAUAGCGCCGAAGAACAUCAGAGGAGGAGUGGGAGUCGUGUUCCAACUCACGUGUGUGCUGGGAAUCCUAGGAUCCCAAAUAUUGGGGUUCGAGGCCAUCCUUGGGGGUGCUGAUUUGUGGCCGAUAUUGAUUAACAUGAAUCUGGUUUUGGGUUUUAUUCAGUGGGUGACGCUUCCCUUCUGUCCGAGUAGUCCUCGGUUCCUUCUGGUCUCCAGGGAAGACAGAGAGGGAGCCAGGGCGGCACUGGCCAGACUCAGAGGUCAGAGUGCGAAUAUAGAAGAGGAGAUGAACGAGAUCAUAGAGGAGGACAGGAAGGAGAAAUCGGAGCCCCCGGUGUCCUGGGGAGACUUGAUCCGAAUCGACUAUCUGCGUCGACCACUUAUCAUCUCGUGUGUACUGGCUAUGUCUCAACAACUCUCGGGCAUCAACGCCGUCAACUACUUCUCCUCCCCCAUUUUCAAUGCCACCCUGCCGCAAGACAAAGUGGACAGUGACCCCGACUUCCCCAAGUACAUGGUUGCUGUCACUGGCUCUGUCAACUUGGUCAUCACUGGCGUGUCCGUGUUCACAGUCGACAGACUUGGGCGAAAAUUGUCGCACCUUGUCGGUUUGGGAGGCAUGGCUGUAUGUGCACUGCUCAUUGGAAUAUUCCUCAGUGGUCUGGUAAUAGACAACCAAACAUGUCACGGACUGACGCCAACGAAAACCACAAAUGACAUUGCUAUCGUUCUCAUUUUCGUUUAUGUCGGAUUUUUCUCAAUUGGACCUGGCGCUAUUCCGUGGCUGAUUGCACCGGAAUUGUUCACGUCUAGUCCGAGGCCUAAAGCCAUGGCAAUUGCCAAUACGACAAAUUGGCUGUGUAAUUUCAUGAUAGCCCUGGCUUUCGACCCCAUUCGACAAGAAUUGUGCGGUUGGGUGUUUUUAAUUUUCUUCACGCUUCUGGUCAUUUUCAUUGGCUAUUUAUCUGUCAAAAUGCCAAAUGUAGAAGGAAAAUCGGCUAGCGAGAUUGUGCAAAUGUUCAAAGACAGACCCUUCGGGGAAGAAACAGUUCCCAUUAUUUCACCCACAAGUAUGCGAGACGAAUCGAAAGCGUGAACAUGGAGAUUGGUCAUAACCUGUACAAAUAUCUGGCCGAAUUGAAAGAAGUAAUCUGAAUAUUAUUUCAUACCUGAUUUCCAGACUGGGACAUGCUUCAACAGAUCUAUAAUAGCAACCGAAUAAUGAGUAAUAGUUAUGUAUCCAAAACUUCUGAGCAAAAAUCAGCUUCAAUUCGGUCGCUGUAGCGAUUUCUUUUCGUCGUCAUAUAGAUCCGUUGUACGGUUUAUCCCAAAAUAAAAACUUGGGUCUAUUUCUCUAUCACGUAAUAACUACUUCAAUUAGAUAAUGACUAUCCAAGAAUGUAUCAAAUGUCCUCGUCUUUCUGUCAGAUUUACACUUUAAAUGCUGUAUUUUUGUUCCGGCCACUGAAAGUGGGAAGAAACUUUGACUUCGGUUGUUCAAAUUAUUUUUUCAAAUAAUCGUCAGAAUGGGUCGUGUGAUAUAUCUUUAUUGAAACCCUUUAUUUGAAACUCAAACUAAAUUUAAAAAUUCAUAAAUUG